CUGGACGGUUGCCGCGGUGGCGGGAGGGAGGGAGGGAGCGGCUGUUGGUGACUGGAAGCGCGAGAGCGAGAGCGGGUGAGGGAGAGGGCGGCGGAAAUUCCACAGCGACAAUAACAACAACAACAGCCGCCGUCGCCGCCGCCAGGAAAGGACAUGGAGAAGUUCGUCAGUUCCGAGAACGCGGCCUCGGCCAAAGCUUCCAAGUUUGUGAGCGGCUCCAGGCAGUCGAGUGUGGAUUCACUGGACAGCCCUUCAGGAUCUCAUGUUGAAUGGUGUAAACAACUUAUAGCUGCCACAAUUUCAACACAGUAUCCAGGUACUUCUGCAGUGCCAGAAUCCGUCUCCAAAGAAUAUAGGGUUUACAGAAGGCCAGACAUAAGGGAAAAUCAGGAUGGACGGAAUGGGUCUUGUCAUUCUGAUGCUGAUCCUGAGCUGGGUAUACGCUCCUUGGCACUAAGGGAUGGAAAUAAAGUAGCUCAAAUGGAGGAGGCACCGCUGUUUCCAGGAGAAGGUAUCAAAGCAAUUGCUAAAGAUGUUACAUACAUCUGUCCUUUCAUCGGAGCUAUUAGCGGAACACUGACUGUUUCAGACUAUAAAUUAUACUUCAAAAGUACGGAGCGGGAUCCCCCUUUUAUCCUGGAUGCACCACUUGGAGUUGUAAGUCGUCUUGAAAAGAUUGCUGGUGUUCAAAGUCAUGGAGAGAAUUCCUGUGGACUGGAAAUUGUGUGCAAGGAUAUGAGAAAUCUGCGGUUUGCAUAUAAACAGGAUGAACAUGGCAAGUUGGAGAUAUUUGAGAAUCUGACGAAAUGUGCGUUUCCUCUCUCUCAUGGCUUGCCACUGUUUGCAUUUAAGUACAAGGAAAACUUUCCCACUGCUGGCUGGAAAGUUUAUGAUCCAAUUGCUGAAUAUAAAAGACAGGGAAUUCCUAAUGAAAGUUGGACAAUAACUAAAGUCAACAGCAACUUUGAGCUCUGUGAUACGUACCCUCCAAUUCUGGUGGUGCCAGUUAAUGUGAAAGACGAUGAUCUUUCCAAAGUAGUAGCAUUUAGGGCGAGAGGACGAAUCCCGGUAUUGUCAUGGAUUCAUCCAGAAAGCCAAGCAACAAUUACUAGAUGUAGCCAGCCCAUGGUUGGCGUGAGCGAUAAAUCGUGCAAGGAGGAUGAGAAGUACUUACAAAUGAUCAUGGAUGCCAAUGCCCAAUCCCAUAAAUUAAUCAUCUUUGACGCCAGGCAAAAUAGUGUGGCCGAUACCAAUAAGGCAAAAGGUGGAGGUUAUGAAAGUGAAGCUGCCUAUUCCAAUGUUGAGCUUAUUUUUCUGGAAAUCCAUAAUAUCCACGUCAUGAGGGAGUCUUUGAGGAAACUGAAGGAUUUUGUGUACCCGGUUAUAGAUGAAGCGAAAUGGCUAUCAAAUAUAGACACGACACAUUGGUUAGAAUAUAUAAGGAUACUUCUAGCAGGUGCAGUUCGUAUAGCGGACAAAAUUGAGUCUGCAAAGACAUCAGUCGUGGUUCACUGCAGUGACGGCUGGGAUCGUACUGCACAACUUACAUCGUUGGCGAUGCUUAUCCUCGACAGCUACUACCGAACCAUCAAGGGGUUUGAGGUGCUUAUUGAAAAGGAGUGGCUAAGCUUUGGACACAGAUUUGCAGUUAGAAUAGGUCACGGUGAUGAUAACCACGCUGAUGCUGACAGAUCGCCUAUCUUCCUUCAGUUCAUUGAUUGUGUGUGGCAAAUGACUAGACAGUUUCCAGCAGCCUUUGAGUUUAAUGAGCUGUUUCUGAUGACUAUUCUGGAUCAUCUGUACAGUUGCCUAUUUGGGACAUUCCUUUAUAACUGUGAACAACAAAGGCUGAAUGAGGAGGUGCAGAAGAAAACCAACUCUCUCUGGUCUUACAUAAACAGUCAGUUGGAGGAGUUUACCAACCCAUUUUACGUGAAUUAUGAAAAUCAUGUGCUUUACCCUGUAGCCAGCUUACGGCAUUUGGAACUGUGGGUUAGUUAUUACGUGAGAUGGAACCCAAGGAUGAAACCUCAGGUGCCAAUUCAUCAAAAUUGCAAGGAGUUGCUUAGCAUCCGGAUUGAGCUUCAGAAGAAAGUGGAGGAGCUGCAGCGGGAGAUCAGCAACGUGGCAUUUUCAUCUUCCUCUGAAAGUGCAUCCUCGCCUGCACAUUCAGUGGCUGCUGUACAAACUACUGUCUGAAACUCCCCCUUCCAUGGUCCGUUGAUACCAUUUCACCACAGGUACAACCGCCAAGACUGUAACAUGAACUUGAGAGCUGUAAAUAUGUUUACCUUUUGAUAUUUUUUGUGCAAUACUUCUCUGUAUUUUUGGUUUUAUUGGAAUGCUGCUUGUGGAUUCCCAUCUGUUUUUGUAGUCACUUCUUUCCAGUGUGGAAAUCCACAGUGCAGUGCAAACACAAGAUUGAGCAGAACGUUACAAAUUUGCACAAUGUGUGAUAUUGACACUCCAUGAAUUGGCCGAUAGGAAGCACAUAUCUCUGAUAGAUAAGCCUGGGCACGGGAAGGGGCCACAGAACCUUUGGACUGGACCAGGUGGUGGCUCUGCUUUGCACCUAAGUAAUGAACUGCUGAAUUUUUUUCACAUACAUGACAUCUAAAUGUUGAAUUCUAGGGUAGGAGUAUCAUCAGUCAGGCAUCUAUCACGUCACCUGUAAAUUGUGUUUUUUUUAAAAGGGAAAAUCUUUAAAGUUAAUAAUAUUUUAGCUUCUUUCCUACAGUAAAUGCUGUUUUAUUUUUCAUAGGCAUUAUUCACAUGGCUGUACUUGUUCCAUGCAAAUUUAUAAGUCCGUUAAUCUCACCAUUGCAAAAUGAAUUUUAGAUGUUUUAUGGAAGCUUCUGAAGAAGUUUUUGAAUGCUUGGGUGGAUGAGCAUUCAUAUGUGUAAGAGUUAUUUAGCCUUCAAAUUUUGAAGAAUAAUAAUCCCAGCCACACGAGCUGCAGUGUAAAGCUGAAAUGUUGCUGGGAGAAUUUGAUUUGCAGUUAGUAGAAAGCAGAUUUUUUUUAAAAAAAAUCGUGUCUUCCAAGUCUGGUUGUAUUAUUAUUCUUGUUCAUUGAAGUUUUCACUUCUGGGCUUUUUCCACUGUAUAACUCUUUGAGUACCGAAGAAGGAUUUAAAUGUCCAAACAAACAAACAAACAAAAAAAGCCAAUCUUUUCGAUUUGUAGAAUUUUUCUGAAUUGUGCAACACCAGAAGCGUAUUGUUAUGGACCCUUUGCUCUUUUCUGUAAUAAUCAGGGUUUUGAAUUCGGAAAAAUAUUUUGCAGGCAUCAUAGAACACAAAAUACAUGCUUCAUGGAACUAGGGAAGGCCUUUCAGUUCUGUAGAGGAUGAAAAAGGAUCCUUAGCACCAACCCUUUGCAAAACUGGUUCAGAAUUUCUGUGAAAAGUUUUUUGACCACUAUUUUGUUCAAAUAAUGAAUGUUUUUUUAAAAAAAGAACGAUUGCUGUGUAGAUUUGACCAAUUCUUUUAAAAUUUACAGGUAUGAAGUGUUACACAAAUUAUUUUUGUAAAUGUCUUACAUGUGUGUAUUUUGAAAGCUGAGUCUUUCAGUACUCCACAAGAGUUGACCUUUGAACAGAGGCCAAAUACCGUAGUAAUUGUUGAUUUUAACCAGGUACCCAAAGCUUGGCCAUCCCUUUCUGAUGAAAUGAUUUUGGAAUAUUAGUAAGCACAUGCGAUAAAGGACCAACUGUUCAAUAAUCUAUCAAUACAGCAUUAGUCACAUGUAUGGACUUGUGCACUUUGUAUUAAGAAGUAUCUGAAUUUUGUGUUUGAAUGUUCCAAAGCUAAGGGUCAAAUCUGUACUUCUGGUUUCUGGUGCUCCAAGUUUCCUCUGCCCCAAAUGUGAGCUAAACAGAAAUCACCCAUUCAAAGUCAAUUAUUUGAAUUCGCCACAAGCUGAAAUCCUAAAUCUUAACCAACCUUGUAUUGAUAUUCUGUUAAAAUUGUUACUGGACUGGUUCAGGCUGCAGUGGCUAAGCCUUAUUCUGUAAGCAUUUCUGAACUUUUAAAGUGUUUUCGCCCUUCUGUCUCUCCUGCAUCACAGCUUUUUAGUCUACAUUUAGUGUCAAAAGAAACUAGUGAACUUACUGCCAGUGUUACUGCAAAUGGCUAAUGGUUGUGUGGUACAUAGAAAAAAAUAACACUUUAAUAUAUUGCAGGUCGUGUAGCAAGUUACAAACAAACCAGGGAUGCAUUUUUGAAGUGCAAAUAUUUAAAACUGCACUUAUGUUGAACUUUUGGGUGCUUGUGGUGUAACCUCAGAGCAAUGCAUUUGAGGUAUGCCUUCUAUUUUAAAUGAUUUAUAUUCCACAAAUUCCUUCACCAAAACACACUGAGUUAGUUACUUGUCCUCAACAAUGAACUUCCUGAAUUGCAUCCUCAACAAAUGGUGUCAUCUCUUUCUAUAAAAUAGAAAACAAAAUGAUACAAAUAGAAAUCAGAGACUUUCCCCUUUAUGUACAAGUGUCAUAUUUAUUCAAUGCGUGGGUACAUUAUACUGUUAAAUAUCUGAGGUGCAAAGUCAAAGACUGAUUAUUUUAAUAAACAAUAAAUAAUAUGGGGAGUCAUAUUACAUCUGGAGUUGUACAAGAAUUUCCGUGUUCAGUAUUUCAGACCAUCCAAAAUCUAAUCAUGACGUUAUCUGUUAUGUGACUGUUAUCUGUUAUGUGACCCUGACCUCUGAAAGGUGGGUAUAAUACUGGUUUUCUUUUGGGCUUUUGUCUUUACUGCUGUUGCAUUAGUCUGUGACAAAGAUUCAAUAAAUCUUCAAACAUA